UUGUUAUCUUUUUCAUUUCAUUUUUCUACUGAAGAAACCACUUUGUGAUCCUGCGAGCCGAAACAAAACCCGAAAUCGGCUUCUCACGAAAGCGGUGGAAUCAGCGGAUAAUUAAGCAGACCACCAAAGAACGGAGAGCACGCAGGCUGCAGGUGUUCUUGAGCAGCGCCGGCCAUGGCAUCACCAACAAGGAGGGUCGGCACCAGCAGCUCGGAGAUCCCAGAGUUCCCGGUGGACCCCGCCGGCCGGCCGGUGCCGGCCGUGGGGCUCGGCACGGCAUCCUUCCCGUUCGUGGAGGACGACGUCAGGGCCGCCGUCCUCGCGGCACUGGAGCUCGGAUACCGCCACCUCGAUACCGCUUCGCUCUACCGCUCCGAGCGUGCCGUCGGCGAGGCCGUGGCCGAGGCGGCGCGGCUCGGGAUCGUGGCGUCCAGGGAGGAGGUGUUCGUGACGACCAAGAUGUGGUGCUCGCAGUGCCACCCGGAGCUCGUGCUACCUUCCCUCAAGGAGAGCUUGCAGAACCUUCAAAUGAAUUAUGUUGAUCUGUACCUGCUUCAUUGGCCUGUGGCUGCAAAGCCUGGGGAGCCACAAUUCCCGAUUAAAAGGGAGGACAUCAUGCCCAUUGACCUAAGCGGUGUAUGGCGUGCAAUGGAGGAAUGCCAUCGGCUUGGCCUUGCUAGAAUGAUUGGUGUCAGCAAUUUCACAACAAAGAAGCUUCAACAGCUACUGGACAUUGCUGAAAUCCCCCCGGCAGUAAAUCAGGUUGAAAUGAAUCCAACUUGGCAGCAAAAAAGGUUAAGUGAGUUCUGCAAAGAUAAGGGUAUUCAUUUGACUGCCUAUUCUCCACUAGGAGGUCAAAGCAUGUCUAUGGCCAAUCCAGUACUACAGUCUGAGGUUUUGCAAGAGGUUGCAAAGGCUAGAGGAAAGUCCGUGGCUCAGGUUUCGCUAAGGUGGAUCUACGAGCAAGGCGCUAGCAUGGUUGUCAAGAGUUUUAAAAGGAAUAGACUCAAGGAUAACAUGGAAAUCUUUGAUUGGGAGCUGACCAAUGAAGACCGAUGUAAGAUUAGUCAGAUAUUGCAACACAAGAGAGUCACAAUAUCGGGGAUCCUCAGCUCAAAUGGUGUCUCCAGCGUGGAUCUUGCUGAGCUUGAGAUUGUUGAAAUAUAGCUGAAUUUCCAUCUAUGUAGCUGAAAUUGGAGUCGCUUUGAUACCGUCAAUGUUGAUCAAGAAUACUGCAGUUGCUUCGAUACCA